AUGCUCACACAGCUGCUGCAGCAGUUGAAGGUGCUGCAGGGUUUAGGCUGCACGCACACAGACAUCAAGCACAAGAACUGCUGCUUGGCGUCCACUGACCACUACAUGGCCAACUUGCCAGGAGGAGGAUCCACCAUGAUCCUAACGCAGCCGCUGGUCAAGUUUAUCGACUACGGCAAUGCUGUUUUCGAGGGCGACAAGAAGCCCCAUCCUAUCCACACGAAGCAGUUUCGAGCGCCAGAAGUGCUCCUCAACAUCAAAGAAGGCUGGGGUCCCCCCAGCGAUACCUGGACCCUGGGUGUGACAGCUGCGUUCCUGGUCUCUGGCCAACUGAUUUUCAACUCCCACGAACCCCAGGAGCUUAUCAAGCUGAUGGCCCAGGCGUUGGGCCCAUUUCCCGCAAGGCUGCUGCGCGACGCCCAGGACGGGCGCUUGAGAAGUUUGGCGGAGAAAUUUUCCCAGGAUAGCGGCUCAGAACCGCAGCUUGCGAAGUGGUUGGGCUUGGCCGAUAAAGGGCCAGCAGAGGCCGCAUGCGCAGAUCUCCUCCUGCGCAUGCUCGCGUUAGAUCCCAACGAUCGGAUCUCAGCCGAGGAUGCGCUGCGGCACUCAUUCAUUGCGGACGGUGGUGACGGAGAGAAGGCCCCCGUACCGCCAAGGAUAGCCCUCACGCGCCCGUCUCCAGGCGGUAGAUGA